AUGUCACUAGAAAUACCUGAAGAUAUCAUCAUUCCGCCACCGGCAAUCAAGGAAAUUGUUUUGAAAACUGCCAAUUAUGUUUAUAGAAAUGGUAAACAAUUUGAAAAUAAAAUACGAGAAAAUGAAUCAAAUAAUAAAAAUUUUACAUUUGUUAAUGAAAAUGAUCCAUAUAAUCAAUAUUAUCAAUUUGUCUUGGAAAAUAUUGAAAGUUUUAUUGAGGUUGAUGAUGCAAAGGGAGCUGAUAAUGAUGAAAAAGUUCAGAAUAUUGAAGAUCAAUUUGAAAAACCAUUAGAUUUAGAUUUUAUUAUUGAAUUACCACCAAUCACUGUUAAAGAUUUAGAAAUUAUUAAAUUAACUUCCCAAUUCGUUGCUAUUAAUGGUGAGAGUUAUAUCACUUCAAUAAGGAAUAAAUAUAAAGAUCAAACUGCACAAUUUAGUUUCUUAAAUAAUGAUCAUAGUUUCCAUCAAUUAUUCUUAAAAUAUUUGAAACAAUAUAGGAAAUUGAUUGAUGAAUCUGAAUUAUUGGACUUGGAUCAUGAUGUUUUGGAUGAAUCUUACAAGAGAGCCAAAUGGAAUGAAGCUCAUAAACAAAAUAACCAAAAAAUUAAAAAAGAAUUAGAAGAAAAAAAAUUAAAAUUUGCCUCUAUAGAUUGGGAUAAUUUUAUUAUAGUUGAGACUAUUGAUAUUACUGAAAUUGAUUCACAUACUGAGUUCCCUCUUCCAUUGACAAUUGCAGACUUACAAUAUAGAUCUCUUGAAUCUAAAUCUGAACAACUGGUACCAAAUGUUAAACCAAUUGACAUAGAUGAAACUAAAUCCCUAACUAAUUCAAAUAUGAAGAUCAGAUCAUAUGGUGAAACAAGAUUACAAAGAGGGAAACAACAUAGUAAUAAUGGUGAAAAAUUAAUUGAAUGUCCAAUCACAGGUAGAUUAAUCCCUGAAUCUGGUUUUGAAAAACAUAUACAAAUUUUAUUAAGAGAUCCAAAAUAUAAAUUAGAGAAGGCGAAUUAUGAAUCUAAAAUUAAGAAUUCAAACCUAACCACAUCUGAAGUUGUUUCAAAUAUUAAAAAUUUGUUUAAACCACCUAAUAAAGAGACUGGUAAUAAAAGACAAAAAGUUCAAUGGGAUGGUUAUCAAUCAAGUAUAAAUUAUGUUAAACAACAAAAUAAAAAUGAUGGUUUAAAUAAUGAAGAAAUUGAAGAAUUAAAACGUAAAAGAAAUGAUGAGUUGAAUAAAAUUGGUCCACAAUUACCAAAAUAA